CCCUCCACCACCGGCAUUCCCAGUAUGCACCGCGGACUGAGCAGCGAAAAAUAGUCAGCUAACGAAAGGCUGAGAAAAAGGAACCAGAAAAGCGGUAGCUCACCAGCUAAAUCCACGAGAUAAAUUGUAUCUAACGUAACCAGAACCGCUAACAUGGCUGACAACGAGAAACUGGACAACCAGCGGCUGAAGAAUUUCAAGAAUAAAGGCCGUGAUUUGGAGACUAUGAGAAGACAGAGGACUGAAGUAGUGGUGGAACUCAGAAAGAACAAAAGAGAUGAGCACCUUCUGAAGAGGAGAAAUGUUCCCCAUGAGGACAUCUGUGAGGACUCUGACGUUGACGGAGAUUUCAGAUCGCAAAACACCUCUCUUGAAGCAAUAGUACAAAAUGCCACCAGUGAUAACCAGGGCGUCCAGCUCAGCGCUGUCCAGGCUGCCAGGAAAUUGUUGUCCAGUGACCGUAAUCCUCCCAUAGAUGACCUGAUUAAGUCUGGGAUCCUUCCUAUCCUGGUGCACUGCCUGGACAGAGAUGACAACCCAUCUCUCCAGUUUGAGGCAGCCUGGGCUCUAACCAACAUAGCCUCGGGUACCUCAGAGCAGACCCAAGCUGUGGUCCAGUCCAAUGCUGUGCCACUCUUCUUGAGGCUGCUUCACUCACCUCACCAGAAUGUGUGUGAACAGGCUGUCUGGGCCCUGGGGAACAUCAUAGGCGAUGGCCCUCAGUGCAGAGACUAUGUGAUCAGCUUGGGUGUGGUCAAGCCUCUGCUCUCUUUCAUCAGUCCCUCCAUCCCCAUCACCUUUCUCCGCAAUGUCACUUGGGUCAUGGUCAAUCUGUGCCGUCACAAGGACCCUCCACCACCCAUGGAGACAAUCCAGGAGAUCCUGCCAGCUCUCUGCGUUCUGAUCCACCACACUGAUGUCAGUAUCUUGGUAGACACAGUGUGGGCUCUGUCCUACCUGACGGAUGCAGGGAAUGAGCAGAUCCAAAUGGUUAUUGACUCUGGCAUUGUUCCACAUCUGGUACCUCUGCUCAGUCACCAGGAGGUCAAAGUUCAGACCGCUGCCCUGAGGGCUGUUGGGAAUAUAGUGACCGGCACAGACGAACAGACCCAGGUGGUGCUCAACUGCGACGCCCUCAGCCACUUCCCUGCACUCCUCACUCACCCAAAGGAGAAAAUCAACAAGGAGGCAGUGUGGUUCCUGUCCAACAUCACAGCAGGUAACCAGCAGCAGGUGCAGGCUGUCAUUGAUGCCAAGCUAGUUCCCAUGAUCAUUCACCUGCUUGAUAAGGGUGACUUUGGCACUCAGAAAGAAGCAGCCUGGGCCAUCAGUAACCUGACAAUAAGUGGGAGGAAAGAUCAGGUGGCACACCUGAUUGAGAAGCACGUGAUCCCUCCAUUCUGCAACCUGCUUACAGUGAAGGACGCUCAAGUUGUGCAGGUUGUUCUCGACGGCCUCAGCAAUAUCCUCAAAAUGGCUGAUGACGAGGCCGAAACUAUUGCUAACCUCAUUGAGGAAUGUGGAGGUUUGGAAAAGGUGGAGCAACUGCAGAAUCAUGAAAAUGAAGAUAUCUACAAAUUGGCAUAUGAAAUUAUUGAUCAGUUCUUCUCAUCUGAUGAUAUUGAUGAAGACACCAGCCUGGUCCCAGAGGCCAUCCAGGGCGGAACUUACGGCUUCAACUCAGCCAACGUGCCAGCCGAGGGAUUCCAGUUCUAGACGGCAUCUGGGGUAUUCUGGAGUUUUGUUCACGAUGCAGCACUCUGUUCAACAUAAAAAAAAUUAGGAGAGAAAGGGCGAGAGAGAGCGAGUGUGAGAAAUUUGAUCCAUUGUGCUUGGCUCGUGGGAUCCAUGGCUGCAUCU